UUGUGCGACCGUACGGCCUUGCAAAAGCGGUCUGGUACCCAGUGGUCUGGUGGCAUCGACGAGCGGAUAGCGCACAUGUGGAACUAAAACCAUAAGGAAGCGUAUGUAAAGUUGGCUGCUGAAGUACCUGAAAGUCUGCUUCGUCCGGACCGAACGUCGAAGUCUUGUGAAGUGAAGAUGACCAGGGAUUGAGGCAAAUGUGAACGAGCAAGCAAUAAACGACAUGGAGAUUCUUUUCAGCUGACAUUACACCCAUAUCCAUAUCAUUGACCUUUUGGCCUGUGAAAAGUAGAGGUCACAGGAAUCCAGAUGGCAGACAGGUCAAGAACUCUGAAGGGUGGUGCCUUACCCCUGCCCAAACUGAUCUCCACCAUGCAUACAAUGAUGUGGUUGACAAUGGCACUGUUAAGUCCUGUGGAUACGGAGUUCACAACCCAUCCGAUGCUGUUCUACGAUGCGGAGAAAGUACCAAGUUUGAUUCAGAACUCAAGAACUACUCACACUCGAGUAUCGAGUAUCCUACAGACAGUCGCCCGGACAAUGAUCAAAGAAAAAAAUCAUUAUUUACCGUCGACCAACUAUGAAAAGUUUGGCAGCCACUGGAAUGAGGUGUACGGGAACAAUCUAGCCGCACUGGCUAUGUACUGCGUUCUUUACCCUGAGGACUACGAAGCUCGUGAGUUUGCGUUUAAUUUCAUGGAUAACAUGGUGACCCUGCCCAAAUGGCAGGUGAUUAGCAUCCCUGAGGACGAGGUACCAGUCGCCCAUUCUUUAACGGGGUUCACGACAGCGUUUGACUUUCUGUAUCCGGUAAUGGAUGAAAAGCGGCGGUCAUCUUAUUUAAAACGAAUCACCGAUGUUACGAGAGACUUUUAUCAGUUAUCUAAAAUCCGUUCGUGGGGAAGCCAGUAUUUGCAGAAUCAUGUUGCAACGAAUUACUUGGCCCUGUUGCACGGUAGCCUUGUUGUGUCUUUGCAUUCACCAGAGGCACACACAUGGAUUGCCCAUGCCAGAAAGAACUUUGAGAAGACAAUGGUUCUAUUAAAUCAUAUUAUAGAUGGGACUUUGGAUGAAGGUGUUGCUUAUGGCAGCUACACAGCUCGCUCGGUGACACAGUAUGUGUAUUUGGCCCUGCGCCACUUUGGCGUGGACCACCGACAAGACUUGUGGUUAAAAGAGCAUUACUGGUUUUAUUACAACACUGUUCUACCAAACUUUCAGCGCACUGUUGGUAUCGCAGACAGCAAUAACAAUUGGUUUUACGGCCCCGAGAGCCAGCUCGUCUUCCUCGAUAGUUUCGUGCUGAGGAACGGGCACGGGAACUGGUUAGCAGAAGAGAUACGUCGCCAUCGGGUUACGCAACCAAAAAACAAAUUGGCCCCAUCCGAAUCACAGCGUUGGUGCACUCUCCACACUGAGUUCUUGUGGUAUGAUCCCACCCUCACACCGACUGCACCAGCCAAGAGCGGUAAACCCAACCUGCAUGUGUUCAGUGACUGGGGCGUGGUCACUUACAGUAGGGUGGCGCCGAAAUACCGCGACGAUACCUUCCUCGCCUUCAAGUCCGGCAAGAUGCACGGGCGGGGGAUCUUUGACGUGGUCCAGAGGAAUAUGUAUUCAUCAUGGGUCAACAAAUGGAGGAGUUUCAACCCGGGGCACGAGCAUCCCGAUCAGAACAUGUUUGUGUUUGCCCCUAACGGUCAGCUCUUCAUUUCCGAUGGACUGUACGGACCUAAGUACACAUAUCUAAACAAUGUCCUUGUGUUCUCCCCGUCUCCAACGAGUCGUUGUUUCAAUCCCUGGGAAGGGCAGUUGGGAGAAUGCGCAAAGUGGCUCGGCUGGCGGCUGAAGGAAAGCGAGAAGUACGGCGGGGAUUUGAUUACAGCGAGUUCUUCCAACGGUAUGGUGCAUGUUAGCGGCGAGGCCAGGGAUAGCUAUCACCCUGCCAUGCGAUUGAAUUCAGUCUAUCGUAGUCUGGUCCUCCUCACUCCAAAUGUCUUAGUGGUUCUGGAUCACAUAGAAACCCAGACGACAUCUCCGCUCACUCACGCUGCCGCGUUCUUCCACAAUGUCGAGGCCGUCUUCAAGCAAGCCAGACUGAGAGAAAUGUACGGCGCCAAAGCGGUCAUCAAAAACUUGGAGUAUAAAAUGUUUUGGGUCACGCCGGAAGGUCAGAGUCCCAGGGCAUUUGUAUCGAAGCAGUCCCACCCGUCAGAGUUUCAAAAGCGAGAGACUAACUUUGUGAACGUCACCAUGAAACUUAGGCCUCGUGUGACACGUAUGGCGUAUGUUUUCGUUGGUCCGUCUGAAACGGUUCUGGAUAUGGGCUUCUUGGAAUCCAAAGAGAAUGGUGUCUCACUUCAGUUAGAGAUGGCCAAUAUGGAAUACCGCAUUACGAUGGCCACAAAGCACAAUGAUCCCGUUGCGCGUCAGCAGUACCUUGGCUAUCCAGGGUACGUGGUGGUGAGACGGGGAAAACGAAUCGUCAAGUUUGGCAUCAACACAACGCUAGAUGCCGCCAAUUUCAACAGUAAACCCAUUAAGAAGUCGGACAAUAUUACCAAAAUGAGCCUGUUCCUCCUGGCCGUCAUGCUCGGACUAGUCCUUUUGUACUUUACCAAACGAAACAACCGCAUAAAGAUUACAAAACGCAAGAACAUCAUUAUCAUUGUGGUCAUCUUUACAUGUCUGAUCACACUAUCAAGGUACGGCUUGGAGUGCCAGAACGCCAGUUGCCUUCCCUUGAUUGGAACUCCAGAGCUUCAGGUUGGACAGAAAGAACUCAAGAUUCCCAAAUCAGUCUUGAGUCUCCCCUCGGUGGUGAUAACAUCUCUACCAGGAGCAGGGUCAGAAAUACUUGGAUGGCUGUUUUACUAUAACCCUGACUUUCUUCAUUUGAAGGUGCCAUCAGACCUAAUUCAGCUUCCAGAGAUCGAGAAGGCUUCCAUUAAUCCUUUCGCCGAUGCUUGUGUUUGGACGGAGAAGGAAGUCAGUCGAUUUCCCUCCUUUGCGAGUAGGAUAAAAAUGCUACGCUGGAGUCGACAUGAAAUAUUCGGCGGCAGGAAGAAAAAGUCCAGGAAAUUGAUGAUGUGGAAUGAAACCAACGAGCAGUUGGAUAGUAACCGGGAUGACCAAUCAGGCUCGCAAAUGAGAAACUUGUUGGCCGCCAAGACAGGGGAGGCAAGUGCCAAAAAACCUGAAGAGGUCAACUACAAAUUUUACACGGACGACGAUCUGAUUAAUCACGAGAGUGAGUUUCCCAAUGCCCAGAGCAUCCUCCACUUCCAGAGCGGAAGCUGGGGACUCAAACUCCAGUGGCUGCAAAGCGUUCUGGGCGACACCCUGCGCAGUCUGUACGUCGCCCGCGACCCUCGGGCGUGGGUAGCAAACUUUCUGCGUGACGACAUGAAGCUUUACGACUCGAUGAACGUGGCGCAGCACAUACAAUCCCUCACUCAGCAGCAGCAGCACCAUGCAUCGUGCAGUUACAAUGCACUGGACAGUGCGAUGUACAAGACACUGAGGCCAACGCCGCACAAGUUGUUGGCUACGCUGUGGGCUGCGCAUACAGAUAAGAUGCUGACGUCAGUGAUGAAACUUGGCAAACGAUACAGAGUGGUUAAAUAUGAGGACUUGGUGAAAUCUCCCAGGAGUAUGGCUGACCACAUCUAUAAAUUUAUAGGUUUCCCAUUGCCCCCUUCCAUGGAGCAACAACUCGUCCAAGCUGCACACAGCGGUGUGGUCCUCAACCCGCACGAGGGCGUCAUCCGUCCGUCGUCCCUGAACAUCUGGAAGACGGAGUUGACCUCAAGCCAAAUCCAAGAUAUCGAAGCUAUCUGCUCACACGCAAUGAAAGAACUGGAGUACAAACCCAUGGAGACCAAGAGCUAAGAAUAAAUAACUGCUUCUGAAUUUAUGUGAGAAUACAAUCUCUGUUGCACCUGGGACUGUUUUCUUAGAGCUGCUUAACCAGAAAAAUACUGCUAACAAUUUUUUCGGCUCAGCAAAAACAGGACGCCAGUCAUAGGUGGUAUAAUUUUACCUGGGCACCUUAUCCCACCUGAGUAAAAGGCCUAUAAUUAAUAGCCUUAUUCUGGUUAUUAUAUCUGGUUUUGCAUUAAGCAGCUCGACGAAAUUGAGCCUCAACCUUGCAGCCCUGGUCUCCCUUCUUCACUAUUUUUAUUGAAAAUGGCCAUACGUUUCUGUAUGAAUGAAAUGUCAGGCCCGCUACACCACCAUCAUACCCUUGUAUUAAUGCCUCUGAGGAAGGUCUGGUUUUGAUCUUAGCUAAUGGCAUCUCCCUCACUAGUUUCAUAAUAAAAGGCAUUUAUAUAGUGCCAAUACUACAUGUGCAUCCAUAACGCAGCAUAUUAGAUUGUGUAUUUAACUACUUUUGUAUACACUUCUUGUAUUUGCAUUAAGAGUCAGAUACUCUUUUGGAGAUAGUAAGUGCAUUUCAGGUAUGGGGAGCAAAAUGAGAAAAAGGUGCGACUUGAUGCAGACUUGAGAAGCUUGACAGAGGCGAGUAGUGUCAGAUGCUGAGCGAAGGCUUGAGACAGGCAAGAUGAUAGGUACAGGUAACUAGGUGCUGCGCCAUUGGGGCACUUAUAAGUAGGUGAGGUUUUGCGGUAACAUGUGAAAAAUCUCUUUUCAGUAGUGUCGGUUCUUAAACGAAUUGGUGGUUCACAACUUGACACUUAUACACAAACAAUUAUCAUGAAUGAUCACCAAGUUUUUUUCCCUAAAGUUUCCCAAUGCUUUAUUACUUACUGGUUUGGGUAAAGUCACGGUUUUUCUGUGAAUUUUUCUGAAAUAUACAAGAUUUGAUCAUACUCUAAUAUCGCAGUAAAAUCCUAAAAUAAAUUGGGGAAACCUGGCUGGGUGAUAAAAACAUGUAGAAGAGAAGAGAUUGUCAAGUACAUUUUAUAUACUUCAAACUUUUUAGAUCUUCAAGCUGACAGCUCCUCACUCCACCAUUUUACUUUUUUAACCAGUUUUUUGUUUGCCUCUUGAAAUCAACCACCUUGACAUUACGACUAAUGUAUGUAAUUAAUGUGCAAGACGAAGUAGUGCCGUCCAGUUCUUACACAUAAAACAGUUAGAAGUAAAACAAAAUAUGCAUUACUAUUAAUGAUACCAUCAAGCUAAAUGAGACAGUUGUCAGAAAAAUCAGUAAACAAGCUAGCGGGUGAAUUUAUUUCAAAAUAUUUGUUUUGAAAACUUAAAUGCCAAAAUUCGUCAAAAUUGAUACUGGCAAACUCACUUCCUGAUAAAUGACAUCAGAAAGGGGUUAAAAUUAGCAUUUAAAAAAGAUGUGCCAAUAUGUUUCAAUAAACAACUCAAUUUAAAAAAAACAAAAAACAAAUGCUCUUGGGGUUUCUUCUUUCACAACUUCUGAACCAAAAAUAAAUGUUAUCAAAAUACCAACAGCAUCAAAGCAAAGAUUAUGCUCUUUUCAAAUGUGAACAAAUGUUUUGUUUAAUGACCUGGGUCGACAAACAACUCAUUUUGUUUGAUUGCAUCAAGUUCAAAGGUAUUUUACAUGAUUGUUUGAGCUGACAAACUGAUCACAAUUCAAGACAGUUCAUGUUUUUUUGUGAUCCACCUAUGAAUUAACAAACCAGUAAAAAUGUGGUCAGAUAUACAUGUAAGUACAAACAAAAAAUAAUUGCAUUUCUAUUUUUUUUAGGUUUUCAGAUUUUCCAAAAAUUACUUAUAUUUGAGGGAAAUAUUUCCUCCUAAAAUGGUUCUAAUAUGAACUUGACAAUCAGUAAAGAUUUAAAAAUAUAAUUUAUAAUUCUUUUUUUUUAACCCUGUCCAUUUUUAUAUAUUUUUGUACCAUUGACACUGAAGGUUUCGGUGUUCUUUUUGGACCCUCGGAACUAGUUCUUGAAUCUUUGUGUCUUGAUUGUGAUCUCUUGAACCUCUGGGUCUUGGUCCGCCAUCUAAGACUUGUAGAUCUCAACGUCAACAGGGUACUGCUAAACAUAACAACCUUGUCGUCAGACAGGUAGAAAGAAAAUAUAUGUGCUUCCUGCGAAUGCGAUGGUGAAGCAAACUUUGACGUCAUAAAUUCGCAACAAAAAAAAUCGCAACUAUUGAAAUGUGUUGAACUCUUGUGAAACAUUCGCUUCAUGUCAAAAUUCACUUCGCAUUCGCAGGGAAUAUGAACCAGACUUUAAGCAGGGUAAGGUUUUUU